AUGGCCACUUCGACAUCAUCGAUCACGUCGUCGCCCACAGCGAGCCCAACUGGCAGCCCUGGAAACAAUGGAGGCUCGGGUCCGAGUUCGCCACUGCUCUUUUUCGUGGCUUUGGGCUUUGGGGUUGUCUUCACGAACUUAUGGAUCAUCGUUGGCGUCAAAUACUGCUUUAGAUACAACCAGCGCAAUCGACAGCGCAUGAAUGGUGAAGACCCAGACGGCGUAGAUCUCGCAGCAAUGCCUCGACAACAUCGCCGCAGACGGGAGAAGAAGCUCAUGACCAUCGAGGAAGUCAACGAAAAAUUCCCUUUGACAAAAUACAAGACAUGGCGUUCCAAUCGUGCCGACGAGGGUUUGCCCACGGCGGGAGGGAUUACUACGACCUCCCGCCCGGCUAGCAUACACAACGUCCAACGGGAUUCCAAGGACUCGAAGGAAAUUGAGGCCCAAGAAUUGGCGCAUGCACAAACAAAUUCCACGACGGAGGAGAAAACUCCCGAGCAUGGUGAACCAGAAGUCGUGGAAGGUGAAAAGAGUGACAUGGACAAUCGGCCAGUCACGCCCUCUCGUCCCAAAUCUGCUCCAUCGACCGGAACACCCGGUACUCCCGUGCACAAAGUCAGCAGUCACGAUGAUGACGACGAAGACGAAGAGCGUAUCCAAACUGCCCUUCCUGCCGAACAGCUGCCUGAUCCUGGCGACGCCUGUGCCAUCUGUAUCGACAACAUCGACGACGACGAUGACAUUCGUGGGCUGCAUUGUGGUCACGCAUUCCAUGCCUCGUGUGUUGAUCCAUGGUUGACAUCACGCCGAGCCUGUUGUCCUCUUUGUAAGGCGGAUUACUACGUCCCCAAGCCCCGUCCCGAAGGUGCCGAAGUGAAUCCCACAAACCUGCAGCCGCCCCCAACGGCGUUUUCCAUUAUCGGCAAUGGUCGACCAGGCCGCAGACCUGCAAUGAUCAUUCCGGGCCGAUUCAUGAGUAUCGUGUAUCACGAUCGUGAUCGGCAUGGAUUCCCACUGGUGGUGCGUGCAGAGCGCGCAGAUCAACCUGCUCGAGAACAAGAUCGACGGCGGCAAAGAGACAGGUUACCGAGCUCCAACACAGCUGCUAGCCAAGAAGGAGCCGACACUCAGUCCUCGUGGAGAUCAAGAUUUGGCUUGAGAAUGCCCAGUCGAAGUCGACAAGCACAAACACAACCGGCGGCUCCGGAAGCUCUGCCUACCCCUUCACAGCUUGAAGCUGGAAGAUGA